CACAGCUUGACAAAAGGUAGUCGUGUGGAGGGUUCAACCUUUCUCUUGCUUUGUUUUCUGAUGGUUUAAAGUUUAUUUUUGACGACUGACACGAUAUCACUGCACGGAAACUAUGCUGAGUACCAUAGUCUGUCUGCUACCACUGUUUUCACACCUCCAACCUGCGACAGGUGAGACGACAGGAGAACUACUCCAGUCUGUUGGAAAGCAAACACAAAAAGAAAAUUACGAUGAAAUAGUCUGCACCUUCAACGUGAAGGUCUCCCUCUCCCGCGUGGACUUCGUUGAUAAGACAGGGUCAGAGGUUUUCGCCAUCGUGGACUGUGGCACCUCGUGCAACGUUCUCAGUUCCUACCAAGAUGUCCUCCGCAUCGUAUCUCCACAGAAAACCAUUUCCGGUGACCGUUUUGUCUUUAAUGCCACGCACUCGGACAAAACCACAGGAACGUACACGUGUCACGGAAUUACAGCACCCCAGGUGGUCUACCCUACCCCGUCAGGGACUGGUGAUGGCGAUGGUCAUGGUGAUGGAUAUAGCGAUGAAAGUCAGAUGACAUCAGGUUCACCACCAGAGACAGAUGAGGUGUCACACAAUGCUGGUGGAGGCUCUAACGGACUUCUUGCACUGAUUAUAAUUCCCAUCCUGCUGUACUAGGAGCAGUCUUAUUCCUUCACUGGUGUGGAGUGAUUCAGAUUCCUGGUCUGCCGAAAACUAGAGGAGAACCACGUGACCUGAGACAUAUUCAGGGGAAUCGGCUGCAGCCUGUCACUGGCUGCUGGGAAAGGACACGUGGUCUUUGGCAAUCCACACGUGCGGACAACCAGGAUCCGUUUGAACGCCUGGAGUCAAACCGCGAGCAAGACGAAGAGGCUUGUUUGGAAGCUAAAGAGCUACUAUGUCACAAUGAAGAGAAGCUGUCUCUGCACCAGGACAAGAAAUCAUUUGAAGCUGAGGGUAACGACGGUAGUAAAGAAGAACAUCCAUUAUUGCAGGAUGUGUGUAACAACACCAAGCACACUCAAGACGAUAAUGCUAGUGUCGGAGACAGUCAGACAUCACUACAAUCAUUACACCGGGAGUCAAACAACGAUCAAGACGAAGAGGCUUCUCUGGAAGCUGAAGCAUUAUUAAGUCAGAAUGAAGAUAAGAUGUCUCUGCACCUUGGUGUAGCACCAGGCAAAUUGAAGAGCGAUCUAUCCUAUCCCACUGAGGAAUCAUUUGAAAGCGACAGAAACUACGAGUGUAAAGACAAUGAAAUGUCUGAUGUCAAAGAAGAGUACCCAUUAUUGCGGGAUUCGUAUAACAACACCAAACCCACACAGGACGAAAAUGCUAGUGUCGAGGACCAUCAGACAUCACCACAAUCUGUACAUUUAUCCAACAGCAUCAAGGCUACAGAUGUCGCUGCAGACCUGAGUGCAACAUCUUUGUCACGUGACAACAUUCAGUAUAAGGAGGAGUCACCUCAUACAACUAGUCAUUCAUCUGCACCUGACGACACAGGAAGACCAACACUGAAGCCACCUAUUGCGCCUAAACCUCCCCACCUCAAAUUGGACAGCCGAGACGUUAGGAAUGACAGUCGCCCUUUGCCAGGUUCUUCAGUAAUUGACAAUAAAGAGUCCGAGAAUGAUAAUAAGAUGGAUCACCCUUCUCCGACAUUCAUACCAUACCCUCUUGAUGAAGAGGGUAAAGAUAAUAGUGUAACAAAUGUAAAAAAAUCUCGUAACUUUUGGCAAAACAUCCAACACAGACCACCAACAGCUAGCGCCAUGUCAGAAGAAAUGCAAGAAGAAAUGAAGAAAAUAAAGGCGCAGUUUGCAGCACGAACUAAAAAAGGCAUGGAAGGAACAGAAGAGAGAAAAGACGAUAUAGCAAGGAUCAACGUAAAAGGACAAGAAAAUAGUAAAGCAGAUUCAGAAGCAAUAACCAAUGAAGAUACAAAGGGGAAGUUAACACAUAAAAAUAAGGAAGACAUGGACGGAAAGAAAGAGAUAGAAGAUGAGAAAGCAAACGUUGAAAUGGAAGAAAAAGAAAUUAUGGAAAUGAAGUUAGAGACAGAAGAAAAGCAGGAUUCAAUACAGAAACAAGAGCAAAUUGAAGAAACGAUGGCGGCAAAGGUUGAGCAAGAAGACAAAGAGGAAGCAAAGAGGGAAGAGGAGCAUGCUCAAGAAAUGGAAGCAGAGGCAGUGACAGAACAAACAGCAGACACGAUAACAGAAACAUUGAAAACUAGUAAAGAACCAGAGAAAAAAGUCUGUAAAGAAGACGAUCACUACAAGACCGCCUUUGAUGACGAUGAUGCCGAUAGAAGUAGAAGUGAUGAAGGUGUUGGUGAUGUUGAUAAGUUGGAUGGUGCAAGUUCCACUGGGCAGAGCCUAGUCUACACCGACCUGUCUCUCCCUGAACACUCCCAGGAAGGUUCUGAAGGAAGAAGCGAAAAGAAACAAACAAUUAGCAGUAGACUAAAUGACUCACCCAAUACAUUAAGAAAAGAUGAGGAUGACAACAGUCCGGAUGUGUAAGGAACAACAAGUUGAAACGUUUGAUGAGGUCACACAGUCAAUCCAUCGUGAGGGGAGCUAGGGAUGUGUCUAUCACAGUGUUACAUGAGUGAGAAGUUUGACAAACUUAACAAAGCCUGAACCACACACAGGUUUGUUGUAUUCUGACAAGAUUCAUGUUCAGGUGUCCAGUAUGUUGGCCUUAGUUUCUUAUCCCAGUGACGAGCGGAGAGCUGAAACAGAAACUUCUGUGGAUGAAAGUAUAUCUUUAGUCAACAGACAGGGCCUUUUAUGUUUGAAAUGUGCUUUAAAUGUGAAGAACACCAGUGCUGACAGAACUGAAUGACAUCCUGGAGUAUGAAGAGGACCAUGCGCAGUGGAUGUAACAUAGACAAAGACAUGUACAUCGCUCCAUCAGUGAGACUGGAGAUGUCAGUGAGAAUGUGAACCAAGGGACAGAAGGAAAGAGAAGUAUUAUAAACAUACCAAAGACAGAAAGCUGAGACUAAACACUCGCUCCAAGGCAAGUCUCUAGACACUAGCAACUUAAAACUGAAGCCACUGAACAAGGACAAGAAAGAAGAGACUGUGAACAGACUAAGCUGCUUAAACUGAAGUGAACAGGAAGGUGGACUGAGCAUCACACAUCUGUACGGAUGUAAAGCGAGGUCUCUGCUUGCAGACACGAAGGGGAAAAUGCAGGUGUUCGAGAAGAUGUACCUGAAGAACCCACUAUGGACAUAUGAUCUUAGAACAUAAAAACCUGUGAAAGUAGGAAACACACUUGCCCGCUGGUGGGACACAGAAACUUCUCCUUGUAACAGUCACUGGGGGCAAGAUGAUGUGCUUCAACUGUAUGAGCUAUCAAAACUGAGCUUCAUGAUACAAUAAUGAAAAGACUUCACGAUAAUGAAGAAAAUCGUCAGAAAUGGAAAAAAAGGUGAUUACAAUCAUCUGAUGACGAUUGGUAAGGUAGCACCACCACUGGUGGCAGUCCUGCCGAUGUUGAUCACGUGGAUGGCGCAAGUAUUUUUGACCCUAUCCUUUCAUUUAUAUUCUUAUCUAUAUAUACUCUAUAUAUCAAAGACUACUGCGACAGGGAAAGCAUGUAGCAGUAUCUGGCCAUCCGUCCUUUGACAGGGUUAAUGAGUGUCACUAGUCACUCAAAUGACAGUACAAUGGGGAGGCAAACAAUGACAUCUUCAUGUGGUUAAGACCAGGGAGAAAAAGGCAACAGAAGUUAACAAAUGUGGAAGUCAGAAAAUCCAAGCAGCAGAUGGCAGGUAACUCUCCAGACUCUUUGACCAUCUGUUCACAGCUGAAGUCAGUAGUUGAGAACAAGAUAGAAAGGACUUGUUAGAAGAGAUUCCUUACAGACCAUGCAACGAGAACUGUUUAUUGACAAGAGUGGAUGGAAGUACACAGUGAAGGGAGAAGAAACUGUUUUUACAGACAAGUUGAACUAAAAUAUGCUUUAAUCUCCUCCCUAAAUCUUUGAGUGAUGCUUUUGGAAGCAACAAGGGUAAUGAGAAGAAGACCAGCAUUAUCUUGGUAAAAACUUACUUCUAACUUUUUUAUCAUCUUGUCUCCUGUGAUAAAAAAUCUUUUCUGGCGACUAGUGGUAUGAUAUAGCACUCAAGCCUGAAAAGAGUCAAAUUUAAUCCACCUGUCACUGACUUUCAGAAAACAGAAGGAAAUACCUUUGAACGACGGAUGUUAACACGGUUACAUUGCCCCACCUACUGAACAGUAAAGUGUGUUUCUCGUCUAUUUGUUAUUGUCACGGAUCUAGUCAUGACACGUAGUAGUUGUUUACAUUGUUUACAUAUGACAGGCCUGUGUGUGUGUGAAAAAAGAACAAGUGAACGUGGAAUAUGAAAUGGACGGUUGUACCAAAUAAAAGACCGACUGCAGAGAGUAAAAAACUCACAGACAAAUAAAUGGGAGAGGGAGUCUGUCCCCAGCAGUGACUAGUAGUGUACAUACAGCAAUGUCAUGUUUGUGAGGAAUUUCACCUGUCCACACCUACAACGUACACAGCCAUAAUUUCUGACAAGUGGAACUUCGCCUGUUACCAACAACAACAGUUUCGCUAAGUAGCUGUCCCACCAUCACAAACGACGACGAUUUAAUUUAAUUCAGGGAUUUAACCAAAGGAAAUAAAGUUGUUGGAAUGUCUGUUAGAUUGGUAAAGCCUCGUGACAGGCUCACGCAAUUUUCUGUAACUUGCAUGAAAGAACCUGGAAGUGUGUGUAAUUGUAUACUUCAAUAAUGUGACAACAUUCAACCACCAACUUGUAUUACACACCCUGUGAUUCAACGCACCCUGUGUAGUCGGCUUUUUUCUUUGUUUUGUGGCAACACACACACAUCUGUACACUCAC